GGUAAAGUGUAAUUAUUUAUCCAAAUUACAUGCCCAUCCCCCCACCAGCCAUUACACGCAGAUAUGGAGCUUCUAUCCCUUGCGCCAAGUUCCAAAUGCAGGACCUAUUCCAUCCCAACCAUGGGAAAUGUGAAGGAAGGAGGAGGAAUUGGUCAAAAGCAGAGAGAAGAGGUGAAGUUGAUGAAAAGCUUGGUUCCACCUCUAAUGGCGGCACUUGUAGCUUUAUCUCCGGUCUCCAAUCCCCCAGUGUCACUAGGACAAGCCAUUGAUAUACAAAGAGGAGCCACAUUGUUCGGUCGAUCUUGUAUUGGUUGUCAUGAUGGAGGUGGAAACAUAAUACAGCCAGGUGCAACACUCUUUUUGAAAGAUCUACAGAGAAAUGAAGUUGACACAGAAGAGGAAAUUUUUCGUGUUACUUACUAUGGCAAAGGAAGAAUGCCGGGCUUUGGUGAGAACUGUACACCGAGGGGCCAAUGCACAUUUGGAGCCCGUCUACAAGAAGAGGAGAUCAAACUGUUGGCUGAAUUUGUAAAGUCACAGGCUGAACAAGAUGAGCUAGCAUCAAAAUCAGGAUCUCUGAUUGUAGAAAAUCAAGUUGCAUCCCUGGUAAUGAGAAUGGUAUGUUUGGUUGACCUCAAAAUUUUUUGGGUGAAUUUCAAAUCAGUGGAACAAAGUGAAAAUAAUUGUAAAAAGGUGGUGGUGCAAGCGGUCCUGUGCUCUAGUGCAGAUGAAAACUGUAGCCUUGCGCCAGAACACAUACUCCACUUGCACCUCCAACUUUCUAUAAUUACUUUCAGUUCUUUCCACUGAUUUGCAAUUUCCCCAAAUUCGUAUGGCUACAAACAUUGUGCUUUCUAUAGCAAUUAGAUGUUCAGUACACCCGGAAGAUUUGACAGUCAUCAUGAUGCCAUUGGAUAAACUCUAUGGAGACAAGUUAUGGAUAGAUCAAAAUUUAUGAUAUGCGGAGACAGGUUACAGAUAGGGAUCAGCUUGGAUUAUCAUGCAGUAUUGUAUUCUCAAAUAUCUAAAAUUAUCAGCAUCUUCUGAGGUUGAACAUUUCUUGAACAUGUAAAACAGACUUUUGGGUCCAUACCACUGGGAUCCUAAUUGAAUGAAAUUUUUAAGAGAGGGAAAUCUUGGAUUUUUGCUGAUGGGAUGAGAACAGAGCACCUAUCGCAGUUAUGCUGAUAUGGAUUGAAGUCAACAAAAGUUAAUACUUGGGGGUUCUAGAGAAUCAAGGAUGCUAAGCAGAAGGUUUGGAACCAUUGUAGCAGAAUGGAGAUGGGAAUGUUGAGGUAACAUUUGUGAAUUAUUCUGGUUCUGAAUUAUUCAUUGCUAUAAAUAACUUUGUUUCAGAUACAAUUUGCUCCAACUAUUCUGCAUUGUUUGAUGAUUGAGCUUUACUUUCUUUAGCUUUCAUUCAAGUCUUUUUCUUCCUUUCUUUCUUUGACUCUUUUAUGCCUUUAAUCAGCUUUUCUAUUUUAAUGAACACAAGUAAAUUUCAAAUUGGACUA